UCGGCCGCCAAUCAGGGCGCAGCGGGGGCGGGGCCGACUCGAGCCGAGCACGGUGAGCAGCCGAGGGGCCAGCGAGACUAUCCGCCGGGUUUUACCGCACAUGGCCCCCCGAUAACGGAUGGCACCCCAGAAACAGGGCGGCUCGGCUCCAAGCACCGUCUGCCUCCCCCAGCCCGUCCGGAAACCAAAAAUGGAGCAAAUCCAGGCGGACCACGAGCUCUUCCUGCAGGCCUUCGAGAAACCCACACAAAUUUACAGAUUUUUGAGAACAAGGAAUCUUAUAGCUCCAAUAUUUUUGCACAGAACGCUUACAUACAUGUCACACAGAAAUUCCAGAUCAAAUACUAAAAGGAAAGUUUUUAAAGCAGACGACAUGUUGUUGAAAGUAGAAAAAAUGAAAGGAGAUCAGGAGUCUCACAGUUUAUCUGCUCACCUGCAGCUCACAUUCACUGGUUUCUUCCAUAAAAAUGAUAAGCCAUCCCAAAACUCAGAAAAUGAACAAAGUUCUGUAACCUUGGAGGUCCUGCUUGUAAAAGUUUGUCACAAGAAGCGAAAGGAUGUAAGCUGCCCAAUAAGACAGGUCCCUACAGGGAAAAAGCAGGUGCCUUUGAACCCAGAUAUCAACCCAACAAAGCCUGGGAAUUUGCCAUCGUUGGCUGUUUCUAGCAAUGAAUUUGAGCCAAGCAACAGUCACAUGGUUAAAUCAUAUUCACUGCUCUUCAGAGUAACCCGCCAAGGCCGGAGAGAAUUUAAUGGACUGAGCAAUGGAGAAACAAAUGAGAACAUAGAUGUAACAGAGGAAGCACCAACUCGAAGAAAAAGAAAUGCAUCGAAUAGGGAUGAAGGAGAGAAGACCUUUGUGGCCCAGAUGACUGUGUUUGACAAGAACAGACGUUUGCAGUUACUAGACGGCGAAUAUGAGGUCGCCAUGCAGGAAAUGGAGGAAUGUCCUGUGAGCAAGAAAAGAGCCACUUGGGAAACUAUACUUGAUGGGAAGAGGUUGCCUCCGUUUGAAACCUUCUCUCAGGGACCAACUCUACAGUUUAACUUGCGUUGGACAAGUGACACAAAUGAUAAGUCUACUGCGCCAAUUGCCAAGCCUCUAGCCACCCGUAACUCUGAAAGUCUCCCCCAAGACCAUAAACAGGCAUCUGUCAAACCUACCCAAACCAUAGCCAUGAAGGAAUCCAUGUCUUCUGACCUGCAGACCAGAAAAGAACGGGACAUGUCAAAUGAACCACGGCAGAAACUACGGAUAUUUUACCAGUUCCUAUACAACAACAAUACACGCCAGCAGACAGAGGCCAGAGAUGACCUGCAUUGUCCCUGGUGUACCUUGAACUGCCGAAAGCUGUAUAGUUUACUGAAACAUCUCAAGCUGUGUCACAGCCGAUUCAUCUUCAAUUACGUGUAUCAUCCGAAAGGUGCUAGAAUUGAUGUUUCCAUCAAUGAGUGUUACGACGGGUCUUAUGCAGGAAACCCUCAAGACAUCCAUCGCCAGCCUGGGUUUGCCUUCAGUCGAAAUGGUCCAGUUAAAAGGACGCCCAUUACACACAUUCUUGUGUGCAGGCCCAAACGUACAAAAGCCAGUAUGUCAGAGUUUCUGGAGUCUGAAGAUGGAGAAGUGGAGCAGCAAAGGACCUACAGCAGUGGACAUAACCGCCUGUACUUCCACAGCGAUACCUGCCUUCCCUUGAGGCCACAGGAAAUGGAGGUGGACAGCGAAGAUGAGAAAGAUCCUGAGUGGCUACGGGAAAAAACUAUUACUCAAAUUGAGGAAUUCUCUGAUGUUAAUGAAGGAGAGAAGGAAGUCAUGAAAAUGUGGAACCUGCAUGUCAUGAAACAUGGGUUCAUUGCAGACAAUCAGAUGAAUCAUGCUUGUAUGCAGUUUGUGGAAAACUAUGGGCCCAAAAUCAUCAAGAAAAACCUGUGUCGAAACUUUAUGCUCCAUCUAGUGAGCAUGCACGAUUUCAAUCUCAUCUCCAUAACUACCAUAGACAAAGCUGUCUCCAAACUGCGGGACAUGCAGUAUAAGAUGGAAAAGGGUGAACCCGUCAGUGCUUUUGAGGAGCAAAACGAGGAACUGCAUGGACCUACAAACGGAUAUAGUGAGACCAAUGGCAGAGACAAGACUCUGGAAAUUGAUAGUGUCUCAGGGGUACCAAAACAGAGCAAAAAGCAAAAGCUCUGAAUCUUUAAAGACACGCUCUGAACUGUGACUCAGCUUAGAUGGAGUUUAGCGAACCAUACAGUUCUAUGCAGACCAGCAACAUCAAGAGUAAAACUCUGAAUCCCAUGUCCAAUCACUGGGAUGAGUGAUGUUGGGAAAUCUCGGAGUUAGGCACAAAGAGCAAUACAUCAAACAAGUUGUAGCCUUUUUUUAACUAUCUAGUGUCUUCUGCUGAAUUUAUCAAUUUAACUUAAAGCAGCAAAGACUGUUAUAUAUUCUGGUUUCUGUCUGUGUACCACUAAUGUCGUGGUAGUCUUAUCUUGGGAUAACUGUCAUUUUUGGCUGCAGAGCAGGCAGCCAAGAACAUUUAAUUUUCCCCUCCUCCCACUUUGCUUCCAACUGGACUAUUUUCCUUUUUUUUUUACACUUUUUAAAAUUUAUUUUAUUGCAAAGCAGCUACAGAGCAGAAAGUUUUAGGUCAAAUAACACUUCUACUUCUGGUGUCUGUCAGUAUAAUCACGCCUAUCCACUUGUUUUCAAUGUCUACACAUUAAAUGAGAUCCUAUUUUUUUGUCAUGAAAAUUUUCAGCAACCUUUCCUCCCUCUUGCCAUUGUCAGUGGACCUGCUUUUUUGAGCGGAAAAAUUAUUUACUUCAAUACCCUUUUGUGUAGUUAUUUAUUCCUGUUGGCCAAAUCGGAGAGGAUUUCUGCAUGAACCCGGCGUGUAAAUUGGAAAAUGUGUAAAAUGAACCACACAAUGUGUUGCACUUUGUAAGAUUGUUUUGCAAUGAAUUGUAUGUAGAUUAGAUGCUCCUUUACAUGGGAGGUAGUGUUUCUACGGUUCAGGAUUUUCCUGGGAAUGAAUAUCAGGAAUGAUUGCCCCUCCAUCCUGAAAGUGUUGGAGUUUGGUAGCUACCUGGUCAUGUGCCUGGCUCAUUAGUAAUCCUCACAUAAGGAUUUAUAGCACAACUUAAAAUGAAACUAGACAUUUAAUGAUUGGCUUGUAAAAGAAGUUACGUGAAGAACUUCUUGGUUCUAUAUCACAUUAUCCCCAGGAAAUAAAACCAAUUAAUUUUGCUUUUAAAGUAAACAUAUAAGAAAUUAGGGCUAAUAAUUGGAAGAUUGAUAAAUGAGCAGUUUAGUCACAGUACACUAUUUCUGCACAUUCAGUUGUAGAUUGUUUUAUAUUGUAUGAUUUAAAUGUUUGUUUCCGUUUGGGGGUAAAAAACAAUAACUUUACAAUCAAAUGAAUUGUCUUCUAGAUUUUGCAUUUCAUCAUUUUAUUUAUAAACAAAUGUUGCUGCUCUAAAUACAGGUAUUUUUAUUUCAUCCACCACUUUUUUUUUU